CUGAGGCCCCUCCUCCCUCAUUUUCUCCAUAAUUUCUUAACCAUUUUUUGCUCAAAAUGGCUGCUACUAGAGAGGAUGAGGCCACUGGUAAUGGCUACUCCGAAGGCCUUCGAGAGCCAGAAGAGCAAGUUUUGAACCAGAGGAAGGGGAUGGUGCAACAAAAGAAUGGACUAGAAGAUGAUGAGAGUGAAAAGAAAGAAGUGUUGUCCAUUGAGAUGAUUUUUAAGGACAAGGAGGUUCCGACAUGGAGAAGUCAGCUGACUAUCAGGGCUUUUGUUGUUAGCUUUGUGUUGGGAAUUUUGUUUAGUGUUAUAGUGAUGAAGCUUAAUUUAACCUCUGGGAUCAUACCUUCUCUUAACGUCUCCGCGGGGCUUCUGGGGUUUUUCUUUAUUAAGGUAUGGACCGCGUUCUUGGAUAGAUCAGGAUUGUUGAAAGUACCAUUUACCAGGCAGGAAAAUACAGUGAUUCAGACAUGUGUUGUCGCGACAUCUGGUAUUGCUUUCAGUGGAGGAUUUGGAAGCUACCUUUUCGCAAUGAGUGAAACAAUUAGCAAACAGGCAACAGAAGCUAAUGAUUCUCAGAAUACGAAGAGUCUGAGUUUGGGAUGGAUCAUUGGUUUUCUGUUCAUAGUUAGUUUCAUAGGCCUCUUCUCGGUUGUUCCUCUCAGAAAGAUUAUGAUCAUAGACUACAAACUGAUAUAUCCGAGUGGCACUGCAACUGCUCACCUUAUCAACAGCUUCCACACGCCUCAGGGUGCAAAGCUAGCUAAGAAACAAGUGAAAGAAUUGGGCAAGUUCUUAUCCUUCAGCUUUUUGUGGGGAUUCUUUCAAUGGUUCUUUACUGCAGGGGAUGACUGUGGAUUUAUAAGCUUCCCUUCUUUCGGCCUCAAAGCAUAUAAAAACAAGUUUUAUUUUGAUUUCUCUGCUACUUAUGUUGGGGUAGGAAUGAUAUGUCCACACAUAAUAAACAUAUCUUUGUUAGUUGGAGCAAUUCUUUCAUGGGGUCUCAUGUGGCCUCUGAUUGAAACUCAAGAAGGUCACUGGUACAAAUCCGGCCUUUCUUCCAGCAAUCUUCAUGGAAUCCAAGGGUACCGGGUUUUCAUUGCAAUCGCUGUGAUCCUAGGGGAUGGACUUUAUAACUUCAUAAAAGUUAUAACGAAAACUUCAGUAGAAUUAGCUAAACAACUUCAAAACAAAGACCCUGCCACAAUUCUUCCUCUUGCAGAUAAGGGCUCCCCUGAAGCAAAAGCAGCUUCUUUUGAUGACCAGCGCAGGACUCAAUUAUUUCUGAAGGACCAAAUACCAUCAUGGUUAGCCCUUGGCGGCUAUGUCAUAAUUGCUGCCAUAGCUGCAGGAACCCUUCCUCAGAUAUUUAGUCCACUCAAGUGGUACCAUGUCCUGGUCAUCUACAUCUUCGCUCCUGUACUAGCUUUCUGCAAUGCAUAUGGAUGUGGACUGACUGACUGGUCACUUGCUUCAACAUACGGAAAGCUUGCCAUUUUUGCAAUUGGAGCAUGGGCAGGGAAAGAUCAAGGUGGAGUUCUUGCAGGUCUUGCUGCUUGUGGGGUGAUGAUGAACAUAGUCUCAACAGCUUCAGACCUAUCACAGGAUUUCAAGACAGGGUACUUGACCCUUGCUUCACCAAGGUCCAUGUUUGUCAGCCAAGUCAUUGGCACUGCAAUGGGAUGUGUUAUAUCUCCUUGUGUGUUUUGGCUCUUCUACAAGGCCUUCGACGAUAUAGGCACUCCAGACUCCGAAUAUUCAGCACCCUAUGCACUAGUGUACAGAAACAUUGCAAUCCUAGGAGUAGAGGGAUUUUAUUCAUUACCAAAAAACUGCCUAACAAUCUGCUACAUAUUGUUUGCUGGGGCAAUCAUUAUCAAUGCUCUCCGAGAUUUUGGUCCCAAGAGAUGGACCAAGUACAUUCCACUCCCAAUGGCAAUGGCAAUUCCUUUCUAUUUAGGACCAUAUUUUGCCAUAGACAUGUGUGUUGGAAGCUUGAUUCUUUUCAUCUGGGAGAAGAUGGACAAAGUUAAGGCUGAUGCAUUUGGCCCGGCUGUCGCAUCAGGCUUGAUUUGUGGUGAUGGGAUAUGGGCAUUGCCAAGUUCAAUCCUGGCUUUAGCUGGAGUGAAGCCUCCAAUUUGCAUGAAGUUUUUGUCAAGGGCCACAAAUGUUAAGGUUGACAAGUUCUUGAAUCCUUAAGUGCAUCUUCAUAUCAGUUGCUUUUGCUUUUCCACAUCUUUGUCAUUGAUAGUGGGACUCUAAAUAUGUAAUGGCUUAAGCUUAAAGGGAUGGCAAGACAAAGACAAUGCAUGUACUAAGAAUGCUUGUGUUUAAUAAUUUACUUGAAUUCUCCCGAGAAACUUGUGGAUGUUAA